UAAAAGUCAGGCGUUACCGGCGGGCUACUAAGUUCAGGUGUUUUAUCGCUUAUGUCAGCGAGAAGCAGCGUUUUUUGUUUGUUUUGAACAAGUUUCCUUUAUCUUUGAGUGACCAGUUGUUGCGGAGACAUUUCGGUGUCCCAGUUUGGAGGAAGGACAGACGCACACACACAUCUGUAACAACACACACACACGCACACACUCCGACACAGCGACACAAGCUGCGCCUGUCACCAUGCCUGUGCGACAGAAAGAUGCACAGCGGGCCCUGGAGCUGCUCCAGCAGUACCGGGUCAAACUGAACCAGAGACAGCAGAACCAGAGUCGGAGCAAACAGGGUUCUGCAGAGGAGGACCGUCAGCUGACGCAGUCUUUGGAUCGAGUCAUCAAUGUCUUCCAAAGUCAACUCUUCAGCGCUCUUCUUGAUAUACAGGAGUACUAUGAGGUGACAAUCCUGCAGGACAGUCAAUGUUCUGAGAAACUUCCAGCUCCAGCAGAACAAUCACCAGUAAGUCCUUCGAGUCCUCCUGCCUCUGGAGAACCAUCCAAACCCAGCAAAACCAAGUCUAUUAAAUCCACCUCCCUGCCUAACCAAGAUGGAGAACCUACAAAAACAUCAUCUUCUCCUACAAGACAGCCCAGCAUACCAUCGUCUCACCCCGCCAAAGUAAAGUACCGUGCUCCUCCUCCACCAGUCCAACCAGGAAGCUCCAAGUCUGCAGAGCUGGUUAUUUCCAAACCUUCCUCACCCUCUGCUGCCUCACCUUCCACUGUUACUGUCAGCAGGGUGGAAACUCCCAAUGUUCCCACCAAACCAUCUCAAAAUGGAACCAACUCACAUGCGACCGACGCAAAGUCACAGAGUACAACAAACCCAAAAAACCCAGCUGCCUCUAAAGACCUGAACCUGGUGACUGUCUCUGCGCUUGUCUCCAGCACCAUCCAGGGUCUCGUACCACCAACCACUCCAGAUAAAGCUACUCCAACUAGCAUCACUUCAACCACCAGUCCUGGUCUAAAUACCGGCUCGGGCGCUGGUGUUUUUGCAGCCGCUUCCAUCAAUAAAGAUCCAGAAACGAGCGUCAUCAAUGCAAAGAAAAGUCCAACGAGCCCCAGCCAUGGAAAAUUCACACUCGAGAGCAAAAGUCCAACGAGUCCGACAGCAAAGCAAAGCAAAGGACUUCCUCUUAGUCCAACCAGUCCUGGGCAGGUAAAGGCUACCAGCGAUAGCCCCGGCUACGGACCGACCCGCUCCAAGUCGCCUGCCGCCCCGCUGGCCACGAACAAGAAGUAUCGAUAUCAAGAAGAGGAAGGGGCUUCACCAGGUGCCCCAAGACUCCACCAUCACACCUGCCAUCAGCAUCCAAUGGGAAUAGCCGGAGAGAUAACGGAUGGAGGGACCUUGGGGAGGGAUGGAGGAACACUUGGAAGGGAUGGAGGAACUCUAGGAAGAAGUGGAGGAACACUGGGGAGGCAGGGAGGGACGCUGGGGAGGGACAGAGGGACCUGGAGGCGAGACGGAGGCGGCAUCGGGAGCAUGGAGCGAGAACGGGACCGAUCCCUGGGCAGGGACGGCUCCCUCGGUCAUCAUGGUGACCUGCGCGGGGCGGAGCUGGUGCAGGUGGCGGAGCGGCAGCUUUCCCAGAUCCAACACGUCCACGGAUACGUCACUCAUACACACAUCGCUCCUGCUCAGGUAGAAUCAGCUGAGGCACCAUUUGAUGAUGAGGUGUGGCCUCACCCAGAAGGCGAGAGGCUGAAUGAAGUUCCAGCCCCGCCUUUCUCCUCCCUGUAUUCACAAAGCCACUCCUACUGUCAGGCCAACCCCCCUCCAGUGGUGGUCAAUACCGACAGCGUAGACACCCCCCCAUAUGUCAAUGGAACAGAAGCAGACUAUGAGUAUGAGGAAAUCACGCUGGAGAGGGGUAACUCAGGACUGGGCUUCAGUAUUGCUGGCGGCACAGAUAACCCCCACAUUGGAGAAGAUCCAUCAAUCUUUAUCACCAAAAUCAUCCCGGGAGGAGCUGCAGCCCAAAAUGGACGACUCAGGGUGAAUGACUGCAUAGUCCGGGUGAAUGACACGGAUGUGAGGGAGGUGACUCACAGCGGGGCGGUGGAGGCGCUGAAGGAGGCGGGAGGACUCGUCCGGCUCUGCAUACGACGACGGAGGAGCCUCGCUGAGAGGAUCAUGGACAUUAAGCUGGUCAAAGGGCCAAAAGGUUUAGGGUUCAGCAUAGCAGGCGGUGUUGGAAACCAGCACGUUCCUGGUGACAACAGCAUCUAUGUGACCAAAAUCAUCGAAGGAGGGGCUGCACAUAAAGAUGGGCGGCUACAAAUAGGGGAUAAACUUGUCGCUGUAAAUGCUUCUUGCUUGGAGGAAGUGACUCAUGAAGAGGCAGUUGCGGCACUAAAGUCCACUCCGGACGUUGUGUACCUCCGUGUCGCCAAACACAGCUCCCUUUUCAUUAAUGACAACUUCCCUCCACCCGAUGUCACCAACUCAUAUUCCCCACAUCAGGACAACCACGUGAGUCCGUACAUGAGUGGGAGCCAGUCUGUGAGCCCCGCCCCUCUGACCACGCCCAGAUACUCUCCGCUGCCCAGGAGCCUGACGACAGACGAAGACGUUCCCAGAGAACCCAGGCGAGUGGUUCUGCAAAGGGGAUCCACGGGUCUCGGCUUCAACAUCGUUGGAGGGGAGGAUGGUGAGGGGAUCUUCAUCUCCUUCAUCCUGGCUGGAGGUCCAGCUGAUCUAUGUGGCGAGCUCCGAAAAGGAGACCGCCUCCUAUCGGUGAACGGGGUGGACCUGUCCAGUGCAACACAUGAGCAGGCAGCUGCAGCUCUGAAGAAUGCUGGACAAACAGUGACUAUUGUAGCUCAGUACAGACCUGAGGAGUACAGUCGAUUCGAGGCUAAGAUCCAUGACCUGAGGGAACAAAUGAUGACCAGCAGCGUCAGCUCCAGCUCCACGUCUCUCCGCUCCACGCAGAAACGCACACUUUACAUCAGAGCUUUGUUCGACUACGAUGGAAGUGCUGCAGAUCUGAGUGCGCCCAAUCAGGCCCUGCCGUUCGGCUUUGGGGACAUCCUCCAUGUGAGCAGCGCUGGCGAGGAGGAGUGGUGGCCCGCCCGCCACCUCAGCCCCUCGCCCCCAAACUGCCCUGAAGUCGGACUCAUCCCCAGCCGAAGGAGAGCAGAGAAGAAAGAAAGGUCGAGGCUAAAGAUGGUCAGAGUGUCGAGGUCUCAGGACAGAUCGGAUCAAGAGGAUAAAGCGCUGGUAACCUCUGGCACCAGUGAUAGUGAGAGUAGUUCCUCUGGCCAGGAGGAGAUCCUCCUUACAUACCAACCUGUUGUGCAGCAGGAAGUUAAUUACACACGGCCAGUCAUCGUGCUUGGACCAAUGAAAGAUCGGGUCAAUGAUGACCUCAUCUCUGAGUUUCCUGAAAAGUUUGGAUCCUGCGUCCCACACACAACACGGCCACGAAGAGACUACGAGGUGGACGGCAGAGAUUAUCACUUCAUGUCCUCCAGAGAGCUGAUGGAGCGAGAGAUUCAGGAACACAAGUUCAUCGAGGCGGGACAGUACAACAACCACCUCUACGGGACCAGCAUACAGUCUGUCAGAGAGGUCGCCGACAAGGGGAAACACUGCAUCCUGGAUGUUUCUGGGAAUGCCAUAAAGCGUCUCCAGAUGGCGGGCCUCCACCCCAUCGCUAUCCUCCUUAGACCGCGAAAUGUCGACAACAUCCUAGAGAUGAACAAGCGUUUGACAGAGGAACAGGCGAGGAAGGCCUUCGACAGAGGCAUCAAGCUGGAGCAGGAGUUUGCAGAGUACUUCACCGCAAUAGUCCACGGUUCUUCUCUAGAGGAAAUUUACUCGCAGGUGAAGCAAAUCAUCGAGGAGCAGUCGGGUCCUUACAUCUGGGUGACCACCAAGGAGCGACUCUGAACAAACACACACAUGCAUCCAUGCACACACACACAUUACUGUCUCUACGCUUCCCACUUGAUUUUAUUUUUUUGUACUAUCAGCCUGCUUCCUCUGUUUCGCAUUGCUGCACACACGUGUAUUCACACAAGCACACGAUGGCGGCGCGGCCGGGUCCGUCUGGGACGGCUCCUUCCUGCGGCGGGAGGACCUCGGGUCGGUCCGGCGGCCUCCGGGUGGAUCUUCCUUCAGCUUGGUUCCUUAAUGUUUAAGGAGUUGGUUCAAAUCAAGGCAACUUGUACCAUGAUCUGAUUUGUUUCACUACUGGUCUUCUUAUUGUUGUUGUCGUUGUUGUUUUCAUAUUAACAAAGAGUAAUGCAUUCGUGUAUCGGUUUGUAAUGAUACAUGAGAAUAUUGUCACCAAGAGGCAGACUUUUGCACGCUGUAGCUUUAAGAGCAUGUUUUUGGGACAAAAAAUUUGAUCUAACUCCCUGUCUGUCUUUCUGUAUGUCAUUCCACAUGGCAUUGGGUAUUUUUAGAGUUUCUUUCUGUCUUUUUUUUUUUAUAUUUCUCAUCCCUUCGUAUCCUCAUUUUCUCUUCCUACACUCUAAAAUCCUCAUAUAGGAAGUGAAGAUAUUUAUUGUAAUUCUACGUUCCCUCAUCACGCAUUUCAGCAUUAGACUGCAACAAAACAACUUAAUUCUAGCAGGUAUAUUUGGUCUAGUUUACAGUGUAAAUAUCUUUGUACACUUGAAAUAAGACAAAAUUAACUUAGAAGUGGCUUUAGAGCAAAACACAGCAGCUUGUAAAUAAUUCCUUCAUAUUGAUGAAAAGGUUCUGGUUCCGCUGGACAAUUCUUUCAUUCAUAAAAAGACAUUUUUCCAAAGUUAUGAGGAUAACAGGAAAAAUGUAUCAUACAUGAAAUAAUCUGCCGCUGGAACUUGUAGUUUUUCAUCAACAUUAAGAAAUUAAUUACAUAAAACAAGAUCCUAUAUUUUACUGAAAUUUAGAUAUUUCUAUUUCUAACUUAGUUUUGUCUUAUUUCAAGUGUACUAAGAAACUAGACAGAAAUACUUAAAGAUUUUCUGUUUGCAGAAACCAAAGUGUUUAUGAAAAAUAUUCAUAACCUGACAACUUUAAUUUUAAAUUUAACAAUUAUAUUUCCUUCAUGCAAUAUAGAGAAUUAUAUCAAAGUUUUGUAAGAUAUAUUUGAAGCUUUGGGUUAAUAUUUUUUGCUAAAUGAUUAAAGUGGAAACUAAUUAAAACUAGAAACUUGACCAUAAUUUUCACAUCAUUGUGAAUAUUUCCAGCAGAGGCUUCAUGAGCAAAAACAUGAUGUUUGUUUCAAAAACAGUCAUGAUUUGUGUUUUUGUUGCUCCUACUUUGUUGUCUGUUAUAUUAAAGGUACCAAGACGAGUUUUAAAUUCGGUUUUUAAAAAUUCGGACGGGUCCGAAGUUCUCUAAAGAGACCGGAAGAGGCAGUUCAAAGCAAAGAUUCGCCGUGUUUGGGAGGUUUUACUCGACAUUGGAAUAUUGGGACGGGAAAUUUGUUCUUCUAAAUGAGGGGUGUCCAAAGUGUGCCGCGGGGGCCAUUUGUGGCCCACUAACUGAUUUUUUUGUGACAGAAUGAAACAAAAAUAGUUUAUACUUUAUUUUAAUCGACAUUAAAAAUGAUUUAUAUAAUUUGUACUACACAAAGUAUCCAUGUUUUUACAAUGAAGCUUGUGUGAUAACGUUAUAAAUGAUAACAGACUAACUAUGGGGCACAAAAUUUGAGUUUUAUUCAAUGUAUUAAACUUAAACUUAGUUUUGGAAAUAAAUCCUUUUCUUAUCACUGAGAUCUAAUUUGUUCAAGAAUUUAAAAACGAAUUGAUUUAAUCCAGAUAAUUAUUUUUAGUGUUUUGAUAAUCAAAAAUUAACAUGAAUUUCCUUCAAUAAAAUAAAUAAAUAAUAACGUGGAGAACUUUAUUUGGUUUAUUUUUUCUUGUCCCACAAGUAUUUUUGGCUUGACAAAAAGUUUGGACACCCCUAGGCUAAAGAAUAAAAAUGAAAACUAAUUACGUUACUUUGUUUUCAUGCUUGGUCAGUAAAUAUGCAGAGCUGGAAGGAAACUUGAAUAACACAUAUAAAACCGGAUUAAUCUGACUUUUUAUCAGCUUCAGAGGAAACAUUUGAAAAUCAGAUAUCAGAAGAGAUUUCUUUACUUCAUUAUUUUUAAAAAGCAGGAAAACAAUUUUGUCCCAAGAUUUCUCCUUUUUCUGGCUUUACCUCAGACUUCCAUCUCCUGCGCUCUCCGUGCACUUUGACCUUUAUCAGCAUAACGCCUCCUUCGUCUCUAUCAUCAUCAUCAUCAUCAGGACUCCUUCCCUGUAAAUGUAGUUGCACUAAUGAGGGCUGAUUUCCUAAAGCAUCUUGUGCGUCUUUGUGUUCAAACUUAUGAAGAUUUUGGUGAAGGUUGUUUUGUUUUUUUUCAUCAUUUUUAGCAAAGAUAUCAGAUGUUCCAUAAAUAUGAAAGUUUGUCAUGAAAAAAAGUUUGACAGAGUUUUGGGCUCAUGCUAAGAACAUUUUAAAAAAUCAAAUUAAAAAAGUAAAGUUGAAAUAACAUGAAAAUAAAGUUGUAGUAUUAUGAGACAGUUAUAAUAUUAUUGUAAUUUUAUGAGGAAAGUAAAUUAUAUUAAGUUGCAUUAGUAAAAUCAAACUAAGUUUAACUGAGAAUAAAGUCAUUAAAAACAUUCUCACAUUAUUUUAAUUUUAUUCUUGUACAACUGUAUUUUGGUAAUAUUGCAACUUCAUUCUAGUUUUAUAAUGUAAAUAAAGUAAUAAAGUCGUUCUAGUAAAGUAAAGAUAAUACAAGAAUAAAAUUAAAAUAAUAUAAUAAAGUAGUAAUGUUACAAAAGUAAAGUCAUUAUCACUUUAUUAUUAUAUUUUAAGUUUACUCUUGUACGACUUUAUUCUCGUAAUUUUAUGAGAAGAAUAAAAUUAGUGAUAUUAAUAACUAUAAAAUGGUAUUAAAGUCAGAAUAAGAUGAGAAUGAGUCUUGAUAUUAUGACUUUAUUCUCAUAUUACUACAACUUUUUUCUUCUAAGUUUUAUUUUUUCUUGGUCUGUUGUCAUAAAUCCACUGUAUGUAUGUUUUUUAUUGAGUUUGUAUUUUAUUUUUUGGUGACGUUGUACUUUUAUUUUGUAUUUCACUGGGUGAGUGACCUCAGCACGACUUGCUUUGCUUCUCGCCUCCAUCAAAAGCAGCUGCAUCGUGACGGGACGCGUGAAAAUAACCCGAAAUGUGACGAUCAGCUGCUGAAAUUCAGGAUGCUUUUGAAGACCCAGCCCUCUGCUUGUAUGGACCUCGUCAGCCACCGUCUCCCCUUAAUCCACGUUAAUCCCUCCAGGCUGACUGGAGGACAGAGGCGUGCAGAGAAACCACCAACUUUCACCACAUUUUGAGAGCUUUAAUGUUUCCUCUGUUCUUCUGGAUUUAUGUUUCCUCCCUUGUUAAUCCCAGUAGAUUAUUUGUAACCGUCGGCUGAGAGAACAGGAAGCUCCGUACGGCUCUGCCUGCGUGUUUCAGCCGGGGGACUAUGCCACUGUUUGUUAGAGUAAAGCACCGAUGCAAAGAAUCUAUUAAAGAGAUGUAUCUAUAUCUAACAUAAUAUAAUAUUUAUCCCUGCUCUAACUGCCUAUUUUGGUACAAAAAUAAACAAAAGGCUUUAUUGAGCUUUA